ACAUCCAUCCGCGUACCGGUAACGAUUAGCAGUUGUCUUCGCUCCUGCGGUCCUCAGUCAGCCGUCAAGAUUUCGUUCUCAAGUUUCAAACAGUCUUUCACUUCAAAUGUUAAUUACCUGAAACGAAGAUUUUCGUCCGGGGACUUGUCCUCGGAAUUGGAUGGCGCCCCGGAUGACGUCUCGACCACUAGCAGUCAGCAUGACGCGCAGCCCGUGUCCAGUCUGCAGCAGGGACAGGCAUACCAACCAACACCAACGCCCCAAACGCAUCCCCCAACACAGUCACAAAGUGGCGGAGACCUGUCCCUGAACCUGCGACCAGGGUCCCGCACUACAAGUGCGCCAUCUUCACCAGCCAAGACGAGGGAGUCUCUGCUGCAGAGGGUUCAGUCCCUCACCGGAGUUGCAAGGGACCAGGGCGCCUCCAUUUUAGGUGCUGCAGUGUCUGGAGCAGGAGCCGUCACUGGAAGCAGACCAGCCUACAACAAGGACCGUUGCUUCACCCUGCUCGUUAUCGACGAUCAAAACACCGACUGGUCGAAGUACUUCAGAGGAAAGCGUCUGCACGGGGACUAUGACAUUCGUGUGGAGCAAGCGGAGUUCAAGGAGCUCUCCCUCACGGCCAACGUCGAGUCGGGCACUACUGUUAGCAUGGCCGUGUUCCGCAAUGGGACGAAAGUGGUCCGCUCGUUUCGCCCAGACUUUGUUCUUAUACGCCAAAACUUACGGGACGCCGGUGAAGACAACAAAAAUCUUCUGCUUGGAUUUAAGUUCGGUGGAGUUCCCAGCAUCAACUCCCUGCACGCCAUCUACAACUUCCAGGACAAACCGUGGGUUUUUGCCCAUCUGCUUCUGCUGCAGCGACGUCUUGGCAAGGAGAACUUCCCUCUGAUCGAGCAGACGUUCUACCCCAACUAUCGCGAGAUGGUGAGUACGCUUCUUCCCCUACCCCCACCAACUUCUGAAGAGCAUCGUAUGAACAUAAUCUUGCUCUUAAAUAGACAUUCAGUUCAUGUUUAACAGAAUAUUGUCCCUUUACUGGUUAAUAUUAGCGAGGUUUUAAGAAUUUCCAUGAAACUACAUUGUCAUUCGUGUAUUGUCACUUAUGUGUAUCAAUUUUAUUAACGUAAUUAAUUACACAUGAAUUUUAAUCACAUGUUGUAAUAAAUUUUAAAAAUAUGGGAAUAUUGAGAACAAAUUAGUGAUGGUUGAUUAACAUCAAGGAGAAUGAAAGGUCUAUUUUAUU